AUGUCCUUUGACGACAAUCCAACUGUAAAACCCAUCAACACUGACAAAACGUGGCUAAACCAUCCGUCUGAAGAAAGAGAGGCCCAAGAACGAACCAUCCAAGAUGACAGUACAGACUACACCUUGAAUGGAUCCAUUCAUAAGUGGAGCAGAUGGUAUGACCGUGUUGGCACGUCGCCUCCUCCGCCCCAGAGACCCUAUCAGUGCAACGAAUGCGCCAAAACAUUUUCCGACCCGUCCCGCUUUCUCCGACAUCGGAUCGGGCACACGGGCGGGAGGCCGUAUCACUGCCGCCACUGCGCGAAGACCUUCAGGCAGCCUUACGAAUUGAUGGUUCACCAGAGGGUCCACACCGGCGAGAAACCCUAUCACUGCACGGUCUGCGGCAAAAAGUUCAUCAAGAACUCCAUCCUCAAAGUCCACCAGAGGAUCCACACAGGGGAACGGCCUUACAAAUGUCCGCAGUGCUCCAAGAGCUUUGUGCAGUCCCAUCAUUUGAAGACCCACCAAAAAACCCACACGGCAGACAGUCUCCAGAGCUACUGCGAGACAUCUCCAGCGCUGAGAAACCCGGUGGGCUGACGGCCCAGCCCAGACUAUAUAUCUGUUUCUAUUUACCAGCCUCGUGGUUGGUCUGUAAC